AGUCCAAGAACCGCCCCUUCCGCUCUCAUGGCUUUCAUGAGUCCCCUCUAAGGCUCUAGAGCCACUUCCCACAACAAAGAUGGCAGCGACGACCUCCUCUGCCCAAAGUUCACCCGAAGGAGGGAGGGGGCUCAGGAACUAGAGACUCCCGAAGGAGGAGGGGCGGGGAGGGUGCCAGUGGUUAAGGGGAGGAAGGAAGACCUCUUCCGCUCCAUUUCUAUGGCAACCCGGCUGGGUCCUGCAGCCGUCGAUCAGACCGGGACUGUGUCUCUGGGCGUGGGGAAGCCGUGGGUAUUUUUUUACCCCGUUUUUGCGACAGUCGCGGUGAUAGUCACGGCGGUUGGGGCCGCUGUCAGCUGAUUUACUGCAACGGCGGCUGCUGCAGCAGCCACGGUCACAGCUCUUUCCAGUCCGGCGGGCGCCCGAGGACCUCGGCUGGGCAGAAGCCGGAGUCCACCGGUGCCGCCCGCGCAUCCCUCGGUCCCCGGGACUUCUCGCUGCUCUCAUUUCCCGGGGGAUCGGCGGCUGGGGGUCGGGGCGAAUCCGCGACGUGAGCUGAGACUUGAGAAGGUGUGAAAGCAAAAUGGCAGGAAACAGCCUUGUCCUACCAAUUGUUCUUUGGGGCCGUAAAGCACCGACACACUGCAUCUCAGCUGUGCUUUUAAUGGAUGAUGGAGCUACGAUUGUAACAGGGUGUCAUGAUGGACAAAUAUGCCUCUGGGACCUUUCCUUAGAACUGGAAAUUAAACCUCGAGCUCUCUUAUUUGGCCAUACAGCUUCAAUUACUUGUUUGUCCAAAGCUUGUGCUUCUAGUGACAGGCAGUAUGUAGUGAGUGCAUCUGAAAGUGGAGAAAUGUGCCUUUGGGAUGUAAGUGAUGGCAGAUGUAUCGAAUUUACGAAAUUAGCUUGUACACAUACUGGCAUACAGUUCUACCAGUUCUCUGUUGGGAAUCAGCAUGAGGAGAGACUGCUGUGCUAUGGACAUUACCCUGAAAUUCUAGUUGUGGAUGCCACCAGCCUUGAGGUUCUUUACUCCUUAGUAUCAAAGAUAUCUCCUGACUGGAUUAGCUCCAUGAGUAUUAUUCGAUCCCAUCGAACACAAGAGGAUACUGUUGUAGCAGUUUCAGUGACAGGAAUCUUGAAGGUUUGGAUUGUUACAUCUGAAGUUAGUGGUACCCAGGAUACUGAACCAAUAUUUGAAGAAGAAUCCAAACCAAUUUAUUGUCAGAAUUGCCAAAGUAUCUCUUUCUGUACAUUUACCCAAAGGUCACUUUUGGUUGUGUGUUCUAAAUAUUGGAGGGUAUUCGAUGCUGGAGAUUAUUCCUUGUUAUGUUCUGGCCCUAGUGAAAAUGGGCAAACUUGGACAGGAGGUGACUUCAUAUCAGCAGAUAAAGUUAUUAUAUGGACAGAAAAUGGACAAAUUUAUAUUUAUAAACUACCUGCCAGUUGUCUGCCUGCUAGUGAUUCAUUCCGAAGUGAUGUUGGAAAGGCUGUUGAAAAUUUAAUUCCUCCUGUACAGUAUGGUCUUUUGGAUAGAGAAGAUAAAGAGUUGUUUAUUUGCCCUCCUGUUACUCGAUUCUUUUAUGGAGGUAUGGAUUGCUUCCAUAAACUACUUAUUCAGGGAGAUUCUUCAGGAAGAUUAUGUAUUUGGAAUGUACCAGACCUACUUGAAAAACAGGAAAAUGCAGAAGGAUUUGAGAUGACAACUUCUAUUUGUUUACAAGAGGCAUUUGGUAAACUCACUCCUUCACCUGCUGGGAUUAUAGAUCAACUAAGUUUGGUUACUAAUAGCAAUGAACCUUUGAAAGUUACAGCAAGUGUAUACAUUCCAUCCCAUGGACGACUAGUUUGUGGCCGUGAAGAUGGAAGCAUAAUUAUUGUGCCAGCAACACAAACUGCUAUAGUUCAGCUACUACAGGGGGAACAUAUGCUCAGGAGAGGUUGGCCACCUCACAGAACUCUUCGGGGUCAUCGGAACAAAAUUACAUGUUUACUAUAUCCUCAUCAGGUCUCAGCUCGUUAUGACCAAAGAUACUUGAUCUCUGGAGGAGUGGAUUUCUCUGUCAUAAUCUGGGACAUAUUUUCUGGAGAAAUGAAACAUAUCUUCUGUGUGCAUGGUGGAGAGAUUACUCAACUCCUUGUCCCACCUGAAAACUGUAGUACAAGAGUGCAACACUGCAUCUGCUCUGUAGCCAGUGACCACUCUGUAGGACUUCUAAGUUUGAGAGAGAAAAAAUGUAUCAUGCUGGCAUCUCGUCACCUUUUUCCCAUCCAAGUAAUAAAGUGGAGGCCCUCAGAUGAUUACCUAGUGGUUGGCUGUUCAGAUGGAUCUGUUUAUGUCUGGCAAAUGGAUACUGGUGCAUUGGAUCGUUGUGUGAUGGGGAUUACAGCAGUCGAGAUUUUGAAUGCUUGUGAUGAAGCAGUUCCUGCUGCAGUUGAUUCUCUUAGUCAUCCAGCUAUUAAUUUAAAACAGGCUAUGACAAGACGUAGUCUGGCUGCUCUUAAAAAUAUGGCCCAUCACAAACUACAAACCCUUGCCACUAACCUCUUGGCUUCAGAAGCAUCUGACAAAGGAAAUUUACCUAAGUAUUCUCACAAUUCUCUGAUGGUUCAAGCAAUAAAGACUAACCUAACAGACCCGGACAUACAUGUGCUCUUCUUUGAUGUGGAAGCUUUGAUUAUUCAGCUCCUGACUGAAGAAGCCUCUAGGCCGAAUACUGCCCUUAUUUCCCCAGAGAGUUUGCAUAAAGCAUCUGGCAGUGCUGACAAAGGGGGCUCUUUCUUGACUGGCAAAAGAGCAUCCGUUCUCUUCCAACAAGUCAAAGAAACAAUCAAAGAAAACAUAAAGGAGCAUCUCCUUGAUGAUGAAGAUGAGGAUGAGGAGAUACUGAGGCAGCGGAGAGAAGACAGUGACCCAGAGUACCGAUCUAGCAAAUCUAAGCCAUUGACUUUAUUAGAGUAUAAUCUAACAAUGGAUACUGCAAAAUUGUUUAUGUCCUGUCUUCAUGCCUGGGGUCUGAAUGAAGUUCUAGAUGAAGUUUGUCUUGACCGCCUUGGAAUGCUUAAACCCCACUGUACAGUAUCCUUUGGUCUUUUGUCAAGAGGAGGCCACAUGUCAUUGAUGCUUCCUGGUCAUAACCAGCCUAUAAGUAAGCCAUCCUAUGGAAAACCAGAAGGGGAAGGAAAACUCUCAGCCACUGAGGGAGUGGGAAAAGGAACCUAUGGAGUAUCCCGGGCUGUCACGACUCAGCACCUUCUGUCUAUUAUAUCUUUGGCAAAUACCUUAAUGAGUAUGACCAAUGCAACUUUUAUUGGUGAUCAUAUGAAGAAGGGCCCUGUCAGGCCACCUAGGCCAAGCACCCCAGUCUUUUCUAAAGUGAAGGGUUCUCCUCCAACUUCCAGUAAUGUUGUGCAAGGACAGAUUAAACAAGCUGCUGCACCUGUUGUUUCUGCUCGGUCUGAUACUGAUCACUCUGGCUCUGACCCUGCUCCUACUCCUGCUUUACAUACCUGUUUCUUAGUAAAUGAAGGAUGGAGUCAGCUAGCUGCUAUGCAUUGUGUUAUGCUUCCAGACUUAUUGGGAUUGGAUAAAUUUAGACCUCCACUUCUAGAAAUGCUGGCUCGUAGAUGGCAGGAUCGAUGCCUUGAGGUAAGAGAAGCAGCGCAAGCUUUACUGUUGGCAGAAUUGAGAAGGAUUGAACAAGGAGGACGAAAAGAAACAAUCGAUGCUUGGGCUCCUUAUUUACCUCAGUAUAUGGAUAGUGUUAUAUCACCUGGAGUGACUGCAGAAUCUAUUCAGACUGCAACUGCUAAUCCAGAUGCUAUGGGGACUGAAACUAAAGUCCAAGAAGAAGAACAUGAUCUUGUAGAUGAUGACAUCACUGCAGGUUGUCUAUCAUCAGGUCUCCCACAAAUGAAAAAGAUAUCUACAUCAUAUGAAGAAAGACGUAAACAAGCUACAGCUAUUGUUUUAUUAGGAGUGAUAGGAGCUGAAUUUGGUGCAGAAAUUGAGCCUCCAAAAUUGCUGACAAGACCUCGAAGUUCCAGCCAAAUUCCUGAAGGAUUUGGUUUGACCAGUGGUGGAUCCAACUAUUCAUUAGCCAGACACACUUGCAAGGCAUUGACAUUCCUUCUCCUACAACCACCUAGUCCUAAACUCCCUCCGCACAGCACAAUUCGAAGAACUGCUAUUGAUCUAAUUGGAAGAGGUUUUACAGUAUGGGAGCCUUAUAUGGAUGUGUCUGCUGUCCUAAUGGGGCUUCUUGAGCUCUGUGCUGAUGCUGAGAAGCAACUUGCUAACAUCACAAUGGGGCUGCCCCUGAGCCCUGCAGCUGACUCCGCCCGCUCUGCAAGACAUGCCCUCUCACUCAUUGCCACUGCCAGACCACCCGCCUUCAUCACAACUAUUGCCAAGGAGGUCCACAGACAUACUGCUCUUGCAGCGAACACCCAGUCACAACAGAAUAUCCACACUACAACUCUUGCUCGAGCAAAAGGGGAGAUCUUGCGAGUCAUUGAAAUCCUUAUUGAAAAAAUGCCCACAGACGUUGUGGAUCUUCUUGUUGAGGUUAUGGACAUUAUAAUGUACUGUCUUGAAGGAUCUUUAGUUAAAAAGAAGGGACUUCAAGAAUGUUUCCCAGCCAUCUGCAGGUUCUACAUGGUCAGCUAUUAUGAACGGAAUCACAGAAUAGCAGUUGGAGCUCGCCAUGGUUCAGUGGCCCUGUACGACAUCCGGACUGGAAAAUGUCAGACAAUUCAUGGACACAAGGGGCCAAUAACUGCUGUGGCAUUUGCUCCUGAUGGACGAUAUCUUGCCACCUAUUCAAACUCUGAUAGUCACAUUUCCUUCUGGCAGAUGAAUAUCUCACUGUUGGGCAGUAUUGGCAUGUUGAACUCGGCACCCCAGCUUCGUUGUAUUAAAACUUACCAGGUGCCCCCGGUCCAGCCGGCCUCUCCUGGAUCGCAUAAUGCUCUCAAGUUGGCUCGGCUGAUCUGGACUUCCAAUCGCAAUGUGAUUCUUAUGGCCCAUGAUGGCAAAGAGCAUCGAUUUAUGGUCUAAAAUUAGUAUCUCUGUUCUCAUCAUUUUUGUUUUUAAAAUUCUCUGUAAACCUGUAUCUCUCCAUCCUUACUCAUACUGGAUUUACCCACGUCAGUGCCUAUAGAAGUCAUCCAGUGGAUCAGCCAGAUGGUGGUACUUGUGCACGGCUCUCUCUGUAGGGCAGAUCCCUUUUGUGCCCGCCGUGGCCCGGAGUCGCAGACACGCAAACUCACUAGGUUGUGGUUCUUGAGUCACCCUUGGCAGGAGGGGAGAGAAGGCAGUUCGGGGGAGGUUCUUGUUGCGUGGUGCAGAAGAAGCUGGAAAAUCAAUAAACACUGUGAUUGCGCUCCCUGGCUAGAUCAGCAUUUUUAGGAAUUUAAGCCCAAGCUCUGACACACAGUAGGAUCUAGUAGCUUGGAUAUUGGAUGUUGAGGUAAUAGGGCAGUCCUAAUUAUUGACGUAGUUUUCCUUUGGGUUUAUUAAUGCAUACUACUACUUACCAAAAAGUUUCUACGUUUACAUGUGCUUUCUUCGGGUGAUCAGUUGAGUGUCCUAGGCCUUGUCAGUUAAAGAUCUCACUGGUUUGAGAGAUGUGAGAAAGUAUAUGGAGAAAUUUUCAACACAAAACAUCCUCUUUUAGGCACAUAGUUUUUAAAAAUCCAUUGCUCCUUAUGAUCUAAACAAAAAUAUCCAGUUCAUAUAACAAUACUUUGAAUUGUAUUCAAUAAAGAACAAAAUCUAAGCUUAUUUUUAUCCACAUAUACAGAGAUACUUUUUUUUAAAGAGAUAACUCUUUCCCUAGCAAAAUUUCAAAUCUAUAAAUUAAAAUGUGGGAAAGUACAUUUAUGAUACAUGUGACAUUCAUGCUAAUAAUUAUAAUGUUGAAUACAGGGCUUUUUUUUUUUUGUAAAAUCUCUGCUAAAAUGAAAAUAUCCUAAAUUGUUAUCAAAUAUGGCACAAAAUUCUGGAGAACAUGUGAAAGAUGUUUGAUAUAUAUUUCUGUAAAUGUGCUUGAGCAUAUAUCCAAAAAAGGAUUUUUUUCUUCUUCAACAUAAACUUUAGGUGUUUAUUUUUUUUCUGCUACAUAUCAGUUAGUCAUGCUAGUUCAUGCUCACAGGAUUGAAAGAAAUCCUUAAAAUAUUUGUAUAAAUUAUUCCUCACAAACAUUUGAUAUAUGUAUAGUUUUGUUGGUUUAAGGAUUUUGGGGGGAGGGAAAUGUCUGAAAACUCACAAAAGGAAAAUGCUCUGUAAGUAAAUGAUUUAUUAGAAAAAAAGAAAAUAUGGAACUCACAGAGAAACCAAAAGUGGUAAUAAAGGAAGAAAGCAAAUGAUUGCUUCUAAAUUUAAAAAGCAUUGAUUUUUCAAAGAGAGAGUUUAUGUAAUAUAUGAAAAAAGUAGUAUCACAGUCCAGCAGCAACACAUCUGUUGGUUUACUAAAGUGAGUUUUUAUAGAACAGAAAAAGAAAUGAAGACCAUUAGGAAUGUUUCUCUCAUAGUACUGUAAAAGUGUAUUAUUUUUAACUGUGGCAAACUUGUAGUAUUCUCUGGUGGUAAAAUUCUGUAGUAGAGUUUGGAUGUUUUUUAAAGUGAGUUUAUGCCAUAUGCAUGAAUAUUGUAUUUAUUAAAACUAUAUAUGUAUAUGUAUAGUUUCCAAGGAAGAAGUAAAGAAUUAUACAGUGAAAUCUUUGUUUAAUGAAUAUGUUGUAGUACUCAAUUUAGAAAGAGAAAUAUAAAGAAAAACUGAAAGAUGCACUUCCUUUUCUUCAGUAGGUUGCCUGAGUCAUGAAAACACUGGAUCAUGUUCUUAGAAGGAGCAUGUCCAUGUUUCUUUUCUGAAUCUAAAAGAGAAUUAAUUUCUUCUAGUGCACAAAGGUAUUUGGGGAUGAUAUUGUACAAGUGGACAUUAAAAAGAGUAAACUGCCUAUGUUUCUUUUAUACAAACUAUUUAAAUGCAUCACAAAAAGGAACAUAAAACAGCAGCCCCUUUUCAUCUCUUCCAAAUAUAGUUGUGUUAGAGGGAAGAUUUUAAAUAAAUUUGGAAAACUUCAGGAGUAAAAAUGGAUUAACAUCUUUUUCUCUUUCACAAUCUCUGUCCAAGCUGACAGUCCAACUUAUGGACCAGGAGCAGGUUCCCGUCACCACUCUUUGGAAUGGAGUGAUGUUAGCUGUUAGAUGUAUCCAGCCACUAAACAAAAAUUGGCCUUUUCAACACAGAGUUCUUCCUACUUUGUCCACCACAGCCCCAAACUUCAUCCCAGCUUAGAUAUCUCAGCACCCACCAGGGUAAACUUUAUAUUAUCACUCCAGUAUUAGUGUUUUAUUGAUUUCUUAGUAUUGUAUUUGGACUCAUCCUUGUAAGCGUAGAGACAGCUGUGGCUUCCCUGGCAGUUUAGAAGCAAAAGAUGGCAUGAUGGGACACCUGUAUGGAAAUGUUGUGAUGAUUGAAGUUGCUGCGGGUCACAAAUGAGCUGAAACGCCUGCCAGAUUUCACUUAAUAAAUGCUGUGUGUACUAAAUGUCAUUGUGUACAUAUGUGUGUGAAAUAAAACUGAAUCGUACUGAAAAAAA